AUGUCAUCACUCAGUAACCAGUACGAAGUAAUUGCCGAAUUCAUCAGAUUUGGAACACAGAUAGCAAAUGGUUUAAUUUUUCUAGAAGAAAAAGAGUGUGUGAUCCGAACAUUGGCUGCUAAAAAUAUUCAAAUAGGACAUAACGCUGUGUGUAAGAUUUCAGAUUUAGGAUUCUCCACUACUGUGAUGACGUCAAACAAAUUCGAAAUCUAUACAAGUGGUCGUCUUCCAUUGCGAUGGAUGGCACUGGAAUCAUUGUUGGAUUGUUUCUAUACAACUAAAUCAGAUACAUGGUGUUAUGGGAUAGUACUGUGGGAAAUAUUUAACUAUGGUGACACACCUUAUCCUGGUAUGGACGCUGGUGAUAUAUUAUACGAACUGCAGCAAGGGUAUCGAAUGUCAAAGCCAAGUAACUGUGAUGACAGCAU